AUGGGUUUCUUCGACAAACUGCAAGCUCGCCUCGAACUCUACCGCCUCGAGCAGCGCUACACUCGCCGCGAAAAACGCACCACCUUCAUCAGCGAUGCGCACUAUGUAGAUGGCGAGUACGUCUACGCCUCGUCACCAUCUUCCGCCAAAACAUCUUCCUCGACAAACAGCAAACGCUUUAGCAAACUGCCUGCUGUGCGGAUAAAGGAAAUGGCGCGCGCUACCACCGGACGCUCGUGA